AUGACCCAGCCUAGUUCUCCCAGCGUAGGCGGUCGGGACCCUAUCACUCUCAUUUUGCAGGGGAUGGGAGCAGGGCCCGGAACCUGGGCACAGCACUGUGACCAUGCUUCCUUCUCAGUGCUGGAGCAGCUGCUCCCCGAGCUCACGGGGCUGCUCAGCCUCCUGGACCAUGAAUACCUCAGCGACACCACCCUGGAGAAGAAGAUGGCCGUGGCGUCCAUCCUGCAGAGCCUGCAGCCUCUCCCAGCAAAAGAAGUUUCCUAUUUGUAUGUGAACACAGCCGACCUCCACUCUGGGCCCAGCUUCGUGGAGUCCCUCUUUGAAGAAUUUGACUGUGACCUGAGCGACCUUCGGGACAUGCCAGAGGACGAUGGGGAGCCCAGCAAAGGAGCCAGCCCUGAGUCAGCCAAGAGCCCGUCUGUGAAACACGCAGCAGACCUGCCUCCACCACUCCCAAACAGGCCUCCACCUGAAGACUACUAUGAGGAGGCCCUUCCCCUGGGGCCAGGCAAGUCCCCUGAAUACAUCAGCUCUCACAAUGGCUGCAGCCCAGCCCACUCCAUUGUGGAUGGCUACUAUGAGGACGCAGACAGCAGCUACCCCUCGACCAGGAUGAACGGAGAGCUGAAGAACUCCUACAAUGACUCUGACGCAAUGAGCAGCUCCUAUGAGUCCUAUGACGAGGAGGAGGAGGAAGGGAAGGGCCUGCAGCCCAUGCACCAGUGGCCCUCCGAGGAGGCCUCCAUGCACCUGGUGAGAGACUGCAGGAUAUGUGCCUUCCUGCUGCGGAAAAAGCGCUUUGGGCAGUGGGCCAAGCAGCUGACCGUCAUCAAGGAGGACCAGCUCCUGUGUUAUAAAAGCUCCAAGGACCGGCAGCCACAUCUGAGACUGGCACUGGAUGCCUGCAAUGUCAUCUACGUGCCCAAGGACAGCCGGCACAAGAGGCACGAGCUGCGCUUCUCCCAGGGAGCUACCGAGGUCUUGGUGUUAGCACUGCAGAGCCGGGAACAGGCCGAGGAGUGGCUGAAGGUCAUCCGAGAGGUGAGCAAGCCGAUCACAGGGGCCGAGGGGGCAGACAUGCCCAGAUCCCCAGUCCUCCUGUGCAGACUGGACCUAGACAAGAGGUUAUCCCAAGAGAAGCAGACCUCAGACUCCGACAGCCUGGGCAUGGGUGACAACUGUUCCACCCUUGGUCGCCGAGAGGCCAGCGAACAUGCAACAGGCAAAGGGAAGAAGAGCAGCCUGGCAGAGCUGAAGGGCUCAAUGAGCAGGGCUGCGGGCCGAAAGAUCACCCGCAUCAUCAGCUUCUCCAAGAGGAAGGCGCUGGCCGAUGACCUGCAGAUGUCCUCCACUGAAGAGGAGGUUCCAUGCUGUGGCUAUCUAAACGUGUUGGUGAACCACAGCUGGAAGGAACGCUGGUGCCGCCUAAAGUGCAACACUCUGUAUUUCCACAAGGACCGCACAGACCUUCGGACCCAUGUGAAUGCCAUCGCCCUCCAUGGCUGUGAGGUGGUCCCAGGCUUUGGGCCCAGACACCCAUUUGCCUUCAGGAUCCUGCGCAACCGGCAGGAGGUUGCCAUCUUGGAGGCAAGCUGCUCAGAGGACAUGGGUCGCUGGCUUGGGCUGCUGCUGGUGGAGAUGGGCUCCAAAGUCACCCCCGAGGCGCUGCACUAUGACUAUGUGGAUGUGGAGACCUUAACCAGCAUUGUCAGUGCGGGACGCAACUCCUUCCUAUAUGCAAGGUCCUGCCAGGAUCAGUGGCCUGAGCCCCGUGUCUAUGAUGAUGUCCCUUAUGAAAAGAUGCAGGACGAGGAGCCUGGACGUCCCACUGGGGCCCAGGUGAAGCGCCACGCCUCCUCCUGCAGCGAGAAGUCCCAUCGAGUUGAUCCGCAAGUCAAAGUCAAGCGCCAUGCCUCCAGUGCCAAUCAAUAUAAGUACGGUAAGAACCGAGCUGAGGAGGAUGCCCGGAGGUACCUGGUAGAAAAAGAGAAGCUGGAGAAAGAGAAGGAGACUAUCCGGACAGAGCUGAUGGCACUGCGGCAGGAAAAGAGAGAGCUAAAGGAUGCCAUUCGGAACAACCCAGGAGCAAAAUUAAAGGUUCUGGAGGAGGCCAUGGCCACCCUGGAAGCUCAGUGUCGGGCAAAGGAGGAACACCGGAUUGACCUGGAGCUGAAGCUGGUGGCUGUGAAGGAGCGCUUACAGCAGUCUCUGGCAGGGGGGCCAGCCCUGGGACUCUCCAUGAGCAGCAAGAACAAGAGUACAGAAACUACAAAUAAACCCCAGAACAAUGCACCAGAGCAACCUCUCCCUGUCAACUGUGUUUCUGAGAUGAGGAAGAGGAGCCCAUCCAUCGUAACCUCCAACCAAGGAAGAGUGCUGCAAAAAGCCAAGGAAUGGGAAAUGAAGAAGACCUAGAGAGGAUGAAAAUGUUAUCCAAAGGAAAUAACAGCUUGCCCAUCUAAGGCGGAAAUGCUUUUUUCACAAGGAGAUAUCAGAAGACUGAAAGUAGCCCCCACUCUCCGGGGCACCUGAAAGACCAGCCUUUAUUGUCUGCAUGAUUAUAGGGGUAUAGGGAGGGAAGAAGUAGAAGGGAAGAAGGAAAUGAAGGACAUCCCUAUAUAACUUUACAGGGGGUGAGAAAUGGAGGUGGAGGGAGACAGACAUCUGCACAGUUGUAAAGGUUUUGUUAAAUGUCUUUGCCUUCCCUUCUGAAGAAAUGAAAGCACAUGUGAAUAA